UAUUUGUCAAAGGAGGGAGUCAAACUCUGAAUGGUGAGUUCACUGCAUGAAAAUGACCCUUAAAUAUUAUCGGUGUAAACAACAAAGCAUGUGGCGUAAAUGCAGAUUAUUUUAACAUCUCGUGAAGACGUUUAUUGCUUUGUGUUAAAUUUUAAAGAGCAAAAAGUCUAAAUAAAGUUUUUAUUUUAAAGUAAAUGAAGCACUUCCUGCUUUUUUUCUUGGGUUUUCAGUUUUCGUGUGUUUACAUCUUGUUGUAUUUUAGCCCGGAUCAAUGUUGGGGAAUGCCUAACAGGAAAUAUUAGAAGACUUCAAAAGUCCAUUCCAGGAGAACUUUUUCCUCAACAACAAGCAUUGCAUCUGUUGGGAAAUGAGUUCACGGAGGACAAUGACACGCUACUCUUUUGGGAAUGGAAGGUCCAGUUUUGGAGAUGAUGUCAAUGGAAGUACUCGGUCUGGCGGUCGAAGCUACCUUUCCAACGUGAGGCCAGAAAACAGGAGCACCCUCUGUAGUGUGAUGGCGCAUUUAGCCGAGGAAACACAGCCCUCCUUCAUGACAACGCUGAAGUCAAAAGCCGUGUCAGAAAACUGCAAUGUAAAGUUCUCCUGUGUGGUUACAGGUUAUCCUGUCCCUCAAGUGACGUGGUAUAAAGAUGACACACAGCUGGACAGGCUUUGUGGGCUGCCCAAAUAUGAAGUAUUCCACAAUGGACAAAAUCAUUCCCUACAAAUUUACAAUUGCACUGUGGAGGAUGCAGCGAUAUACCAAGCAUCAGCCAUCAACAGUAAAGGUAUCGUCUCCUGCUCCGGAGUUCUAGAAGUGGGUGAGAUGAACGAAUUCAAGAUACACCAGAGGUACUUUGCCAAACUGAAGCAGAAGUCAGGGAGCAGACAGAAGGAGACGGAAGGCAAAGAAAACCAGGAACCGAUACGAACCAUCAGUCCCGACCGCACUCAGAGAAAACGCCGCUCAACUAUGGAAGCCUUUCUCAACACACCAAGCUCCACGGAAGACGAAAUCACUGAGGAGAGCCAUGUCUCUGUGGAUCCUAAAGCUGAGGACAGGCUACAGGAACCCACCGUAGAAGAACCAGAAAUGAAACCUGCAGACAGUCCAAACAGAACAGCCUCCGCUGUGACAACCGGACAGUUUAAUGACAGUGAUACUGGCAGUAAGAAUGGAACAUACAUCUAUGAUCCUAUCGACAAGAUUUUCACUCCACAUCAAUCUAAAACUCCAUCCGUUAAAAAGAAAAUCAAAAUUUCCAGUAGUGCAACAGUUGGUGAAGAAAACACGGGAGCAACCAGUGAGAAGUGGCCAAAAGAUGUGAAGAGUUCCACUGCAGCGACUAUCUGCAAAGAGACAGCACCAACCAAUGACCCUUCAGAGGAGGUUAUGGAAGUGGAAAACAAAGUCAGCUCCUCAGUUGUGGAGUCAGACUUACAGAACAAAAAUGAAGAGCAACCUAAAAAAGAGGAAGUAUUUUCAAAAAGCUCUAUGAAGAAUGACAACCCAUGCAUUGACUUAUAUUCAGAGAAAAAAGAUGUUACAGCAGCACAUCAGUUGACUUUUUCAAGUCAUAUUGUGUCUGGAUCUGAGGGUGAAAAGUCAGUUCUAGAGAGCAGAUGCAAAGAUAACAAAGAACAUCCAAAAAUGAACAACCAAAUUCCUUCAACAAAGAAAAGGUCGACUGUUAAAUCAACUCUCCUUAGUAAGACCUCAUUGAAGGAGAAUAGAACAGAAAACGUCAAAAUGAAAGAAACGGCUGUAAAGACAGAAGCAUCUUCUGGUCAAAUUUUUGAACACAUUUCCAGUGAGUCUAUGGACACAUCUUGUAACGAUGAGAAUCUGCCUAAACGCCCAAGUGAACCGACAAGAACUCAUCUGUCUGAGAAAGAAACAAGCUCCAGCCAGGAGAUGCAGCCUGUCUCUCUACCAGCUGUGCCAAGUGAGGUUAUCCAGUCCUGUACAAAGAGGAACAGGAAUGAUGUGGCGUUGAAGCCUGAGCUACCACCUGACAAAUGUACAGUUGGAUCACCGCUGCAACAAAAGACCGGUGAAAUCCAGACCUCCACCUUGGGCAGUGAUCCUCAUGGAACGACUGACAAAAUGGCCAGAGAGAGUAAUACUUCAAUCAAAUCAAGUCAAAGCUCCCCACCAGUUUUGACACUUAAGAAGAAGUUACCUCAAGUUUCCAAGGGUUGUGUUUUCCCUGUUAGCAAACAAAAAAAUGCCGAUAGACCUCUACAAACUGUUAAAGGGAAAGAAGUACAAGAUCAAGCAGAAGUAGGGCUCAAUGAGGUAGAUAAGUUGUUAAUACGGACUAAAGAUUUGGCCUCCGAUGAGAAAAUGGAGACAGAAACUGUUGGUACACUUAUGAUUGAACAAAUGAAAGAGGAAAAGACUGGGAAUGUGGAUCCUAAAGAUUCCACAAAGACAGAUAUGAAGAAGGAAAACAAUUGGUCAAAUUUACAAAAUUCAAAGUCAAAUGUGCAUGAAAACAUGCACGAGACUGCUCAUCAAGAGAUGGCAAAGACUCCUGCAAACACAGACCCGUUAAAGGUGGACUUCAAUGAAAUACAAAAGCCAGUGACAAAAGUUAUAUCUAUUGCUGAACUUUUAAGAUCACAAAUAAAGGCUCUUGAUUUAACAUCAACACUAUCAGUCUCCAGCAUCCCAGUCCAUUCUAACUUAGCCCCAGAUCCUGGGACAACAGCUACUGCAGUGUGCAAGGAAUUAAAAGAGGAUAAAGGGAAACUGAAGACAGUUAAGCCGGACAUUGACACUAAGCCAAAACCUGAAGUCCAAGCUACCAAAACCAUAAAGGAAACACUUAUGGAGAUUUAUCAGCAAGUGAUUGAAACUGAACAGAAACAAAUUCCAACUUCAAGUGAGGCUUCAACAGUUCAACCUUUGCAUAGGCCUGACCACACCCCUAUUCUCACUGGAGGUGAUGCAAAUGAUGAACAAGUUGAUAGAGAUUCCCGAGAACACAAUGAGGAAGCAAUGGACAUCAGCAAAGAAAGAGAUGUUUCCCCGACCAAGACCAUCAGUCCAGACAGCGUUCCUCUUUUGGAUUCAAGCAAGGGACUUCUAAACAUACAUCAGACAGUUUCAAAUUUGCCAGAAACCGUCAUUCCAGAGUCUGGAUCUCCACUCAUACAAACACCUGAGGAGUCAAGUAUUCCAGAGACAAAUGCGACUAUCUUGAAGCACCUUGCAGGUGAAUCUGUUCAAGUUCAAAGAAAGGGAACACACAAAUUGAUUCCAGAAAUAAGAGUAAAUAGCAAAAAGGAGGAGGAAGUUACUAGAAUUGGUAUGAAAAGCCUUUCUAGUUCGUGCAAAAUGGAAGACCAUGUAACAAACACAGAGUCAGUUCAGGCGGUACAAAUCUCCUCCAAUAGUGGUGACCUUGGCAAUGUGACACAAGCAAAGGAUAUCAUUCCUAUUCAGCAGGAAAGCUCUUUAGUUGAGAAAAAUGUCAGGUCUGAGUCAUGCGUUGAAACUUCAGAGCAAAAUCCAGGAUUAAAAAGGAGUGACACCAUUUCUGUCACCCCUUCUGCUACUCCACAAGAGCUGGCCUCUGGGGCACGCCGCAAAGUCCCAGCACCCAAAUCCAAACCUGAGGGGCCCACUGAUGGAGAACCACAGAAAAAGGAGGCAGUUCCCACCAAUUCUCUGACCCAGUCGUCGUCUCCAAGUCUGUCUCGACGCUCACCUCUGCUGCAGCCAACAGUGGAACAAACCUCCACAGCAGAGAGACGAUCUCCACUCCUCACCAGACGAAAGACAGCGUCUGAAAACCAGUCUCCCAAACAGCCGGUUAUUGACCAGAGUAGCACUAAUGAGGGACGUGUAGACAAACAAAGCCCCUUUAAAGCUCCUCAGGUGAUCCGUAAAAUCAGGAGUGAGAUGUUUGCAGAUGCCUCUGGACACUUGAAACUGUGGUGCCAAUUCUUCAAUAUUCUUAGUGAUUCUGCUGUCAAGUGGUUUAGGAAUGAAGAGGAAAUCACUCAAGUGACAAGAAAGGCUGGGGAUGAAUCUCAGGUGAAUCUUGCCAUUGUUCAGGCAUCACGCAAGGAUGCUGGUGUUUAUGGAUGCUCGAUUACUAAUGAAUUUGGGACAGCUUCUACAGACCUUCUUCUCAGUGCAGACAUUUUGGCAGGGAUGUUUCUUCGGGAAGACCUUGGUGUCGGUGAAGAAAUUGAAAUGACACCCCUGAUCUUCAAUAAGGGUUUGGCUGAUUCUGGGAUCUGGGGCAACAAAUUCUUUGGACGCAUCAUAAUGACAGAAUCUCACAUCGGUGACGGCUGCUCCCAUAAAGCCUGGAGAGCAAAAGUCAUCUACGGUCUGGAGCCUGUGUUUGAAUCUGGUAACACAUGCAUCAUCAAAAUACGCAGUCCUGUCUCUUAUGAGGGAAGAGAGGAGAGCUGCCUCAUAGACAAGAACCUGGAUUUGACGAAGCAGGAAUGUAAAACACAAAACUUGGCUCGGGAAUACUGUAAAAUCUUCUCCACAGAAGCCAGAACUAUAGAAAGCUUUGGACCCUGUCUUGAGGUGAUUCCAGUUUACUUAAUGUUUCGACCAGCAAAUGUUGUCCCCUAUGCCACAGUGGAGAUGGAUCUGACCGGGGUGUAUCAGAAAUACUCACAUCUGGAUCAUAAAGGCAGGUUAGAUAUGAGGACUGGUUCUGUGGUGGAGCAGAAGUGUUGUGCUUUUCAGCACUGGAUGUUCCAGUGGACUAACGGCAAUCUUCUGCUGACCCGACUGGAAGGUGUCGACACAAAGAUCACCAAUGUUGGAAUUUCUGUUAAAUCAACAGGGUAUCAAGGAUUACCAGUUGAAGGAAAUCCCCAAAUGUUCGAGCAGUUUAUCUCACAGCAUAAGUGCAACUACUUCUGUGGCCUGCUGGGUCUCAGAUCUUUAAAGGUUUUGGAAUCUUUAACCACACCGACAAGGUCAAAAGGUUCCAGGAGCCCUUUACUUCAGCGCAAGAUGACCGCCAGCCCGUCCAGUCCUCAGAACAGCAGGAAAGCCGCCGGUAGCCCCAGGCUGUCCAGGAAAGUGGAGCAAGAUGGUUGCAAGACCCCUGCUCAACAAAAGGCUGCAGAGCCUCCCAAAAGUGACUCGCUUGACAUAAAAUAAAGGUGUAUUAAUAGUAAAAUAAUGAAAGAUAUCCAAAGUUGACUGAAUUACUACAUAGUUCAUUGUAGUUUUUGUUUUUGCAGCCACCAUUCCUUCUUUGAUGCCACUUGCUGGGGCAAAAAUGUGUCACCUUUUGAACUUUGAGGCUGAAUCACCUCAGGAUUUGCAUUAUUUCAUAAUUAAAGCACCAGUGAUCUAAUUUUUUUAAAGCUUUUUCUGUUUCUUUUCUUCAUGUUUUGACAUUGAGACCUUUUUAAACUAAAGUGGCAUUACAUUUUACAGUCUGUAAGGUUUAGAUCGUACAGCAAACUUUGUAACGGGGGAAGUAAUCGGACUGUUCUUGUCUUUCAGAAUAGAAUUGAAGUCAGUGUUGCGUCACAUGACACUGUUGCACAGUUGCCAUGCUGAUGGGUGUUUGUAAUGGAUGUAAAAGUGUUUACUUGCAUUUUUUUUUGUCUUUGCACUAUGUAUUUUCAGAAACUGCUCCACUCAAAGCAACAAUAAAAGAGGCUUUAUGAAUGGAGAUGUUUUUUUUGUUUUUUUUUUUUUGCAUCUGAGGGAAGCUUACACAAAAACCUUCACUUGUAUCAAGCAUAAAUACUUUCUUGUGUUAUUAAGUUACAUUGGUGAACAUGAAAGUAAUUUUUAUAUGUUGGAUUUCAAUCAUAAUGACACUAGCUAUGAUUUAUGACAUGACACUACAUAAAUGUGUUCUUUUGACAGUUUAAUGUGUAGUAAAAAUGAAUGGCAAGUCUUCAAAUACACAUUAGAUGCAUAAAAACUUACAUCUCUUUUAUGUUGCAUUUGCACUA